AUGGGCUCUCAAAAAAGUUAUAGAAAUGGGACAAUGUACAAGAAAGUAAAAGAAUACGUAAAUAAGAUACGACAGCGUUUUGACAAUGGCAGUAGAAAACCAAAAGCAAUUUUACCGGCUAACAAUGGUGGGGAUACUUUUGUUGAUGAUUGGGGUAAGAUUGAGACUAAUAGAUUGAAUAAAGUGGUUAAUAGAACUAUGAGCAAGAAUCGAAUUAGUGGGAGUGUAAGAGCGAAGAAGAAGAAGCAAGAGAGCUUAAGACCAACCUUCGUAGACGAAUCAUUUAGGUUACAUGCGGAUCCUCUAUCUGAACGUAAUGACGAGAGAUUAAUUGAAAUAACAAGUUAUAAAACUUGUACAACAGGUAAUCGUUUUGAUAUCUCAGAGUAUUUUAAAGAAUCUGCCGUGCUAAGCAAUGAUACAAAUAGUUUUGAGAAUAAUAACUUGAAUAGUAAUGAUAGCAAUAAUAGUAAGAAAAAUAAUAAUAAUAUUUAUGGUGAUCAUUCAAUUGAGAAAUUGGAUAGUAGUCUGGCAUUUUUCAAUUAUAAUCAUCAGAACUACUCGAAUAAAGAUAUGAGCACACAUCAAAUGAUUGCUGAGUAUGAUACUUCUGAGAAUAAAUUAAAUGUCAAAAUGAAAAAACUAACUUACCAAGAAUUGUUAAGUAACGAAUUAGUAAUAGAGGAAAUGAAGGACUCAAUUAUUUGGAAACCAAUAACUACAGUCACAGAUGACAGUCAUAAUACAGAAAAUAAUGGUUUAUAUAAAAAUAAUUCAGAAAUGAGAGAUCUUUCAGCGUAUGUGGAUGCGACUAUUGAACAAUUACAGCAUACAGCAUCGUCAGACUCAAUGCAAUGGUGGCUAGAAGAAUACAAAUACAGUCAUAUUUUCGAAUAG